AUUUUUAGUAUUCAAUUUUAUUUAUAGACGUUUUUACACAAGUUGGAGAAGUAUUUCUUCAGCUAUGACCACGAGAUUAUUUUUUUCACUGAAGUGGAGCUCCUGAGAUCCCAAUGCAGAAAUGCUCUACAAGAAAUGAUAAAUUUUAGUGAAGAUGAUAAGAAAAGGUACUGGAUCGUAAUUGUUAGGGGAAUGCUUAACAUUUGUAACAAUUAUUAUAAGCCACACAACAGGGACCUAGAAAUAGAAGUAAAUGGCAAAAAAAUCUUACUUGACCACAAAUACAUAAUUUCGUAUGAGUUUUAUGAAUUCAUUUCGUUUUUGACGAAGGACGAAUGUCUCAAGGAAACAGUAAUCUUGACAAUAAGGGAAAUAGUAACCAACAUCAAGAACUCACUGCUUAAUAUAAAAGAUAUGAGUUCAACAUAUUUGCUGGGCGAGCUUCUUCUGAUAAUAGUUGGAGUCAAAAUGAGUUUCAUAACAGAAUAUUUAAUUAUAAUAAUUAAAAAUUUCGAAGGUUCGAUAAAAGAAAAUAACUUCACAUUUGUAAAUGUACAUGAGAUUGCAAUGCACCUGAAAUUAAUCAUGGAUUUGGUGGAAGAUUCCAUGAUAAAACAAAAUAAUGUGUUACUCGACAAGGAUUCGGAAUUUAGAGAAAAGUUGGAAGAUUUGUCAAAAUUGAUUGAUAAAUGCCCAAUUCUAAUUUCAAUACAAUUCGAAAAUAUAAAAACCAAAUUAGUAAAUUAUGAUCGGGUUCACAACGUUGAUACGUCGUCCUCUGUAAAUUAUUUAGGAUUUGAUGACCAAACACCCUUUAAUUUAAAAUUGAUUCCCAAUGAAUCAAUCAAUUGCGAAGAAGCUGUAGAUUUAACAAUGUUAUAAAUUUCAAUUUGAUAUACUUAAAAAUGUAUCGGUUAUUGAAUAAAAGU